CAGCACAAACCAGGAUCACAUCCCAGCCCCAUCACACAAAAAACAUACACUCUACAAAUAAAAAAAAUAAAUGUUUUAUUUAACAUGCCAUACCGGAAGAAGAAGCCAUAUUUAUCCAGCCCUCCGUUCGUAGCCAUCCAUAUCUGCCAGUGCUGAAUGCAAUACAAACAGACACAGCUAUGUAUACUGUAUCUAUCUCCUGUGCUUAAAGGAUGCAUCUCCUGGACCCUACACGCCAUGAAUGGGAGGUGGUGUCCCAGCAGGUUCUAUGUGUUCUAUGUGUAGACUGCUGGCAAUGCAGGAUUCUUGGAUAGACCUGGAUGGAUGGGAAGACAGUGCAGGCUGGGGAUGCUGAGAGCUGAGACAAAAGGAGGAAGAGCCUUGUGUGUUUCAAGCCAAGGAAAGAAAGAGGAAUCAAGGGGGAGGGAAGACAUAGGAUACAACGACUGGAGGAAAAGCAUCUCCUUAUCCAGAUCUUUGCCUUUUUUAAUACAUUGGAUUAUCAACAAAAGAAAUCUCUUUUUUUAAUAUAUUGAUUUCUGUUUUUGUUUUGUUUUUAAUAUAUCAUUAAUUUUGGUUUAUAGGAGUGGAGUGUCUGCUGAUUUUUCAGAAUUGCAUUUGAUUUUUUUUUUUUAUUUACUUGUCACCUGGGGGCAUGAUAGGCUGCACUCUUCCCAUGAUAGGAUAGGCAGAGAGAUCUCAUUAUUCCAGGCAACAAGGUUUCUGCUCCUUCCUGCAUCCAUGAUAAUUGCUUUCUCGUGUAUUCAUUUGUUUUUAACCCCUGCUGUCCCAGUACAUUCCCUCUGGAUUGCAAACAGCAGAUCACUGUACACACCUUUAUGGUCUGCAUCCCUUCUAGGCCUUAAGAUUGGAGGUCUAUUUAUCCCACUUGACCCUUUACUAUGCAAAUAAAAAUGCAUGUGGUGUUAUAUAAUGUACCUAAACCCCAUUUAAGACCCUGGCAUUUUCCCUUCAUAUAGCUUGAAUUUGCCGUCCAUAACGUAGAAGGGUUUUGAGUGCGCCUUACUGCUUUAUCACCAGACCCUUUAGAGACACCAUAUUAAUUUGCACUCCACUAACCCCAUGCAGUGCAGUCCUCUUUUUGGCACACGGGAGCACACGAGGUUGACAAACAGUUUGCUGUCACUGGGUCACCUGGGACCUGAGUCCAUGCCUCUGCUUUUGGGAUCUGCCUUCCUGUGCACUGGAUCCCACCGGACCUCUGGAACCCUGGCCGGUGAAUGAUGUUCAAGUACCGGCUCCGUAUGUUCUUCAAUGAACUGAAGGUUCUGGUGCUGACCCGAUCCGGUCGAAGUGAGCCGGAGCGGGGCCAGGCAAUGCGUGGUUUAGGGGUGGGGGGCUGUGGUUGGCCGCCCUUUGCGGACUGCUCCUCCAGAGAUGACGAGGAGGAAUAUUAUGGGGCUGACCCCAGAACCCGGAACUUGGGGUUAGAAGAGAAGGACGGGAGGAUUGGGGCUGCGCUGGACGCCGUGUCCCUUGGGAGCAGCAUUGAUAGUGGCAUGAGGACCCCACAGUGCAGAAUCUGCUUCCAGGGUCCAGAACAGGGGGAGCUGUUGAGCCCAUGCCGCUGUGAUGGUUCAGUGCGCUGCACACACCAGCCCUGCCUAAUACGAUGGAUCAGUGAGCGGGGAUCCUGGAGCUGCGAGCUUUGUUAUUUCAAAUACCAUGUCCUAGCUAUCAGCACUAAAAACCCCCUACAGUGGCAGGCCAUUUCCCUGACUGUAAUUGAGAAAGUCCAGAUUGCAGCCAUAAUCCUGGGCUCCCUGUUCCUUAUUGCCAGCAUAUCCUGGUUAAUCUGGUCUUCGCUCAGUCCAUCAGCCAAGUGGCAGCGACAGGACUUGCUCUUUCAAAUCUGCUAUGGCAUGUAUGGAUUCAUGGACAUAGUCUGUAUAGGUCUGAUUAUCCAUGAAGGCUCAUCUGUAUAUCGAAUAUUCAAGCGAUGGCAAGCUGUGAAUCAACAAUGGAAAGUUCUGAACUACGACAAAACCAAGGACCUUGGGGAACCUUUAAGUGGGACUACAAAACUUGGGGGAAGGAAUUCACGGACGAACCAUUCCUCUCAUAAUGACAGAGGGCCUGGGCGGAGCCAGCGGGUUAGGACUAUUUUGAACCAUCACUGUGGUUAUACGAUCCUACAUAUCCUCAGCCACCUGCGGCCUAAUGAACAUCGAAAUAGCUCAAACUCCAACAGAGAGGUGGUGAUGAGAGUGACAACUGUAUGAGGAAAUGUUGACGGAGAGUGUGAGCUCUUCAUUCCUUUACAAGUUUAUAACCGUCAUUGAAUGGUAUAAAAAAAGUGUGAGGAGAAAGUGUUUUAGUGGAGCACAGAAGCAAGUUUAUACUCCUAUGAGUAGGCCUUUCAAAGCAUUCUGGCCACCUUUGUUAAUAUGAAAACGCCCUGAUUUUUAUUUUUUGGAAGUUGGGCCAUCUUUUGUCACACAAUACUUUUGCUGUGCGUCUUUAUCGCUUACAAAACCGCCCAGCCUCAAGAAGAAAUAAGAAUUUAGGGCUCCCUGAAACAAAAUGUAAUUGUUUCAAAGAAAUUCCGCCUAACCCUUUACUUUUUAAGCACACUGAAAGCACAAGCCAGCGUUUAAAAAAAAAAAAAAAAUGUUGGCUCCGGAAACCAAGUCUUAACAUUUUUACCUCAGCUUUAAAUGAUAUAACAACAACAUAGUAAACCAUAGAUACAAAAAAAAAAAAAAAA